AUGGCGGAAGUACUACCGGAUAAGAAGCUCGACGGCGGCUCGAGCGAGAAGAACGGCUCCUCCAAUAGUGACCUCGAAGACACCUUCGUCGGCGCCCCCAACCACCAGCUGCACCGCCACCUGGGCAACCGACAGAUUCAGCUAAUCGCCGUCGGCGGCAGCAUCGGUACCGCCCUCUUCGUGAGCAUCGGCGGCGGGCUCGCCAAGGGCGGCCCGGCCAGCCUGCUGAUCGGCUACACCAUCUACUCUGUCAUGGUCGCCAUGGUCAACAACUGCAUGGCCGAGAUGGUCACCUACAUGCCCGUCAGCGGCAGCUUCAUCCGCAUGGCCGGCAAGUGGGUUGACGAGUCGCUGGGCUUCCUCGCCGGCUGGAACUUCUUCCUCUACGAGGCCUGCCUGAUCCCCUUUGAGAUCUCGGCCCUCAAUCUGAUCCUGACCUUCUGGACCGACAAGAUUCCAGUCCCUGCAGUCGUUGUUAUUUGCAUCAUCCUCUAUGGGCUAAUCAACAUUGCUGCUGUCAAGUAUUAUGGUGAGGCUGAAUUCUGGCUAUCAAUUGGCAAGGUGGUACUCAUCUGUAUCCUGUUCAUGUUCACCUUGGUCACAAUGUCAGGAGGCAAUCCACAGCAUGACGCCUAUGGAUUCCGAUACUGGCAAACCCCGGGCGCGUUCGCUGAACAUAUCCACAAAGGUGCGCUUGGUCGGUUCGAAGGUCUCCUAGGUGCUAUCUUCUCGGCUGGUUUCACCGUCGUCGGACCCGAGUACCUCGCCAUGGUCGCUGGAGAGGCCGAGCGCCCCCGAACCUACCUUAAGAACGGCUUUAAGACUGUGUACUGGCGAUUUGCUGUCUUCUUCAUCGGAGGUGCACUCUGCGUCGGCAUUAUCCUACCGUACAACGACCCCAAACUCGGCAACGACUCCGGCACGGCUGACGGCUCCCCUUAUGUCAUUGCCAUGUCGAACAUGGGAAUCGCGGUGCUGCCACACAUCGUCAACGCGCUACUGCUCACGAGUAUCUUCAGCGCUGGCAACGCGUACACCUACUGUGCGAUGCGAUCCCUCCACGGUCUUGCGCUUGACGGACAAGCCCCGGCAAUCUUCGGCAAGACGAUGAAGAACGGCAUCCCGAUCUACGCGUUCGCGCUGACCAUGAUCUUCCCGUUCCUGGCCUUCCUGCAGGUGUCCAACAACACGGCCGUCGUGGUCACGUGGCUCGCCACCCUGACGCAGGGCGCGCAGAUGAUCAACUACAUCGUCAUGUGCCUAACGUACAUCUUCUUCUACAACGCGUGCAAGGCGCAGGGCCUCGACCGCAAGACGCUUCCCUACUUCGGCUACCUGCAGCCGUACUGCGCCUACAUUGCGCUGGCGUGGAUGGUCAUCAUUGAGGCCACGUUCGGCUACACCGUCUUCACGCCCGGCAACUUCGACGUCGGCACCUUCUUCUCGUACUACACCAUGGCCCUCAUCGCCUUCUGCACGUACUUUGGCUGGAAGACCAUCAAUCGCACGCGCUUCGUGCGGCCCCGCGACGCCGACCUCGUGUGGGAGAAGCCGCAGAUCGACGCGUAUGAGGCUGCCUUCACGGAGCAGCCGAGCCGGUUCCGCGACGAUAUGCGCGCUAUGAUGACGGGGAAGAUUAUGCGCAAGGAGAACCAUAUCGGCGUGGACCCGAAUUAG